ACCCCGCCGGCUCCAGGAGCUGCGCCGCGCGCCCCGAGAGCGAGAGGGAGCCGGGAGCCGCCCGGACAGCCGGCGCCUGCCCCGCGGGACCGCCCGAGGAUGCCCCUCUGCAGCCUGCACGCGGCGGCCGUCCUCCUGCUUGUGAUCUUACAGGAGCAGCCAUCCAGCCCAGCCCCACUGAACGGAUCCAAGUGGACCUAUUUUGGUCCUGAUGGGGAGAAGAGCUGGCCCAGGAAGUACCCAUCAUGUGGGGGCCUGCUACAGUCCCCCAUAGACCUGCACAGCAGCAUCCUCCAGUACGAUGCCAGCCUCGUGCCCCUUGGGUUCCACGGCUACAAUGUGUCUGCCAGCAAGCAGUUUAUCCUGACCAAUAAUGGCCAUUCAGUGAAGCUGAACCUGUCCCCGGACAUGCACAUCCGGGGCCUCCAGUCCCGCUACAGUGCCACGCAACUGCAUCUGCACUGGGGGGACCAGAAUGACCCCCACGGCUCCGAGCACACUGUCAGUGGGAAGCACUUCGCCGCCGAGAUGCACAUUGUCCAUUAUAACUCAGACCUGUAUCCUGAUGCCAUGACUGCCAGUAACAAGUCAGAAGGCCUCGCUGUCCUAGCUGUUCUCAUUGAGGUGGGCUCCUUCAAUCCAUCAUAUGACAAGAUCUUCAGUCAUCUUCAACAUGUAAAGUACAAAGGCCAGGAAGUGCACAUCCCAGGCUUCAACGUUGAAGAACUGCUUCCUGAGAGGCCUGCUGAAUACUACCGCUACAGAGGGUCCCUGACCACACCUCCUUGCCACCCCACUGUGAUCUGGACGGUUUUCCGAAACCCUGUGCAAAUUUCCCAGGAGCAGCUGCUGGCUUUGGAGACAGCUCUGUACUGCACACAGCAGGACGACCCUUCACCCAGAGAAAUGGUCAACAACUUCCGGCAGGUCCAGAAGUUUGAUGAGGGACUGGUGUACGUCUCCUUCCAACAAGCGCAAAUCCUUCCCAACACAGGACUGAGUCUGGGCAUCAUCCUUUCGGUGGCCCUGGCUGGUGUGCUCAGCAUCUGUGUUGUCCUGGCAGUGUCCAUUUGGCUUUUCAGAAGGAAGAAGAGCAAAAAAGGUGACAGCAGCAAGGGAGUCAUUUACAAACCAGCCAUCAAGAAAGAGACUGAGGCCCAUGCCUGAAGUACCUGGCACUCCCAGGCAUGUUCAGGGAAGGACCUUGCUUUGGACACUACACAGUUUGGCUCUCUGGACAGUUGAAACACCUCCAGGUGUUCUCUGGAGCUCAACCUGCAACACCCCAGACCCUCAGGGAGCCUCCAGUUGGGCAUCCUCCUGCCCUGGUGCCAUGGCCACCCCCAGUGCGAUCUGUGGAUGGGAUGAACUCUCAGACCAAGAGGCAGAAACUCUGAGCUGUUUGAUGUAUCUGUGUGAGAUUGUAAGGUGGUUUGGACUCUGGGGUCACAA